AUGCAAUCUUUGGUUAGUGCUGCAAUUCCUUCAAGUGAGGGGACAAUUUCUACAGUCCAUUUUGAAGAUUUUGAGGAGAAAGAUUGGUCGGUUAUUGAUUUUGACGAAACAAAUUGUGCUGAAGAACAUUUGCAGAAGAUUGACCGUAUCAUCUCUGCUGGAAAGAUUGUAGAAACUUCAAAGGUUCUGGUUUCUAUUGGUUCUGAAGGAUUUGUGGAUAGAGUGGUUGAUUCAUCACCUUGUCAACAAUUGCUUGUCGUCCAUGACUCUCUUUUUAUCUUGGCAUGCAUCAAAGAGAAGUAUGAUAAAGUCAAAUGCUGGCAAGGAGGACUGAUAAAUGUACCUGAUAAGUGGACACCUUUUGAUGUCGUAUUUCUUUACUUUCUCCCUGCUUUACCCUUCGAACUUCAUCAGGUUCUUGGUUCACUCGCCAAGCAUUGUUCGCCAGGAGCAAGAGUUGUGAUCAGCCAUCCACAAGGCAGGCAAGUAGUUGAAGAGCAAAGAGAGCAAUACCCUGAUAUAGUAGUCUCCAAUUUGCCAGAGAAAAUGACAUUGCAAAGCACUGCCACUGAUCAUUCCUUCGAAAUGAUUGAAUUUGUAGACGAGCCUAGUUUUUACCUUGCUGUUUUGGAAUUCAAUGCGAAUAACUUGGUUUAA